AUGGACCAGCAAAAGAGACGGAAGAGAGAGCAGGAGAAACAGAAGAGAGAGAGACUGGUCCAGUCUAAAGCUGACUCUUUCCCCAGUCAAUCCUACUCUCCCUCUGUCCCUCCACACUUCCCAACUCUCAAGAGGACAGACGGUCAGAGCGAUGAGCUGACUCGAUUGACAAAAAAUAUCCUGGAACCGUACGAUGCGUGUCACGAGGCGAUAUUCAAGUCUGUUGGUCACAACCAGCAACACCAGUUGCUGGGAACCUUCGAGGCUACCCCCAGCACUCCACUCCACGUCUCCGGAAAUCCGUUCGAUAAGCAGUUCGGACGAUCCGCGGGACUCUUCCCUCCCCAUCCUACCACUACAGCUGCCAGCAGCCUCCCUACAAAGAGCUCUCUCACUUCGACGUCCGCAGCCGCGACUUCCUCGUCUUCAUCGUCGCUGGCUUUCUCGCUCUCCGGGUCUUCCACUCAGAGUCGCGAUCACCACAAUCGGCACUCAGUUGCAGAGGCCCCCGGGAAAUCUGAUGAUAAAUUGGGGAAACAGUCUCGCGGAAGUGGUGCGCACCCGCGAAGCGAUCGUAGUUCGCAUGGCUCCAAAAUGAGUCGCCAGUCGUCGGAUUCUAAGUACAAGAAGACUUCGUCGAAGCCGCAAGGAGAUGGUCAGCCGUCGAGUGAGGGCGCCGGUUUGCGCCCCUCGAAUGUUCUGCAGUGCGGAGAAGGAAGAGCCGGUGAGUGAGGCCAUCACAGAGCGUAGGCGGUGAUACUCCACCACCCAACGGGCCCACCCCCUCCAACGAAGUCGAACGAGGAUCGUCUCAGACAGGGGACCUGGU